AUGUCGCAUAUCAAGCUAGAAACCCUAAAGUACAUAUCGGCUGGUAUCAUAUGGUUCACAACUCUAAUUGGUUCCGCGAUGCCAAUGUGUAUUUGUGAAAUCAAAUGGCAAUCUCGUCUUGAAGCACUUGCAGGUGGCGUCUUCCUUGGUGCAGGAUUAGCGCAUUUCCUUUCGGAUUCUUUUGUUGAUAUUGGAAGCUUUCAUAAUUAUCCACUUGCUUCAGCAAUUGCAGUCUCUACAUUUGUUUUAUUGACAGCUGUUGAAUUAUUUUCAUAUGGAGAACAUGAUAAAGAGUUUGAUACCAGUGAAUCAAAAGAAGAAGCAAAGGAAAUGAUUAGAACAGAUAAUCCACUUGAAGCAAAUAAUGAGAUACCAAACGAAGAACAAAUUCAAGGCAUGUUUUCAACAUCAAAUAAGGGAUUAAUGAUUACCACAAUAUCAUUAUACAUUAUUAUGGACGUUCAUUCUGUUAUAGAAGGCCUUGCCUUGGGAAUCAUGAAAACAUUCAAUGGUAUUAUUGCAAUAUUCUUCGCAAUUGUUGGUCAUAAACCAGUUGAAGCUUUCGCGUUAUCAUUGAUUAUCCUUAAAGAUAAACCAACAAAAACACUUUUCUGGAUUUUUGUUGUUCUCUAUACGUUGAUGUCUCCAGUUGGCGUAAUAGUUGGAAUAAUAAUUACAAAGCAUGUGCAAAACAGAAUUGUCAUGGGAACAAUCGCUGCCUUCUCUGCAGGAACAUUUUUGUUUGUUGGAUGUAACUAA